GGGGAUCCUUUGGUUAUGCAGAAGUAGGCAAGUAUGGCAACGGAGGAUGAGAUGCGUAAUCUUGAAAACGAGGGAGGAUCAGGCUUAGGAGGCAGUGCUGAGCAAAGAAAGGAAGGGCAGAAGGACAGGGAAUCAACAAAUCCCUAUGGCGUCAAAGGGAACCGGAAGGAAAUGUCCUCCGGAGAGAGCUCGGGAAAAGCCGGGGGAAGCAGACAGGGGACCCAGGAAAACAAGGAAGGCAGGAAUAAGGAUAGGGGGAGUCCCGGGAACUCGGAGGGAGUUGUGUCUAAGAAAGUAAGGGUCACGGACGCGAGGCGAAAACUAGCAGAAAUAGAUAAAAGGACCGCGGAGUACAAUGCAAGGUUAAUUGAGGCAAUGAUGAUUGGGAACGAGGAAAACUCUGUGCAGGAGGUACCGCGGGACGAACGGAAAACCAUCCGGGGCGGAACUGGGCAAGGGGACAAGGGUAGUGACCGUGGGGGAACACCGAGCAAAAGAAGGAAAGAGGGAGAGAACUCGCCGGGAAUGGAGGCAGAGAAGGCGACGAACCCCUUAGCCAUAGACAGUAGGGCUAGCCGUCUGCCGACCUCGCCAGCGGCAUCACGAGGAUGCGAAGGGCUCUCGAGCCUCAGAGAAGGGGUGUUGGGUUGGUUCGACCCGGAAGGAACGGCAAAGACUAGAGGGGGGCAGAAAACCACCAAGGAAGGGUCAGAUACCAGCAUGGCAGGCAAGGCCAGUAGCUCCGAAGGCGGCCUUAGGAAGAUAGUAUCAUCUCUCACGCGAGCACUGAACAAGAACCAAGGCUAUCUUGCAGACGCCAAGAAGAAGCUGACUUUCGAUGGAGCAAACAUCACGGAGUUCCUAAUCGACUACGAGAACCUAGCUGCGUUACUAAAGUGGACCGAGGAGGAAAAAAUGAACCAUCUAGGACAACAUGUGUCGUUAAGCCUAGGACGGGACAUAAUGGUCAUUGUAGCCGCAAGACGUGAUAGGGUGAACGCAACCACUCGACUGGGAACGGUCGGGAGAAGGAUUAACCGUGACACCAUUAUGGAGGAGGUCGCCGGAAGCUCCGAACCCCAGACAGAGCCUGAGACCGAGGAACCAGAGAAAGUCUAUGGGAAGCCUAGGGAAGAGGAGCCUGCGGACAAGGUUACUGCCGCUAAGAAGAAAUUUAGGUAUCAAAUCCCGAUCUUAACCUUGCCUGAGCUCGACGACACCAUUAGCAAGUUACUAGGAACCAUGGUGUCCGUGUCUUUUCAGACCAUGCUGCAGGCUAGCCCUAGGUUGCUCAAAGGGCUCAGACAACUGUUGUCUCGGAGGCGAGUAGAAAUAGGCGACAACCCCGAAUUACCAGAAGGGGAGAGGGAGGAGGAAGCUCCGCAAGAAGUGGCUAACCUUCAGAGGAGUCACGGAGACUUGGAGGAUCUCGAAAAAGCCUUUGCAGACAUUCGUUUGAGCUUGCCCGACCGGGAGGGCGGCGAAGUCAUGAGAUCACCACCCGGGACAAAGCUUAGCUUUCAUGCACUGCCCGUAGGGAAACUGAAAAUCCAGAUCGGGAGUCAUCAUACCGACGCAUUAGUAGACGGGGAAGCAGAAAUCACUCUCAUAAGGAGAGAUUUCACAACGAUCACGGGAUGUACGGUAAACAAGGAAGUAACAGGGAGCAUCCGGGGAGCUGGCGGGGAAAUCCCGUUCGUUGGAAAGAUCCCAGAAGGAAGUGUUCGAAAGUACAAGCCGAUAGGGAAGAAAGCAAGACCGGUCUCGAUCCUGCUAGAGACAUCAAAGGAAGAGGCUAUGGAGAAGGAGGAAGAGGUCCUUCGAGUGAUCCGAAAAAGAAGGGCGACGGAGGGACAUCGGAUACCAGAUGAGGUAGCUGACAUAAUGAAGAUACGGAUAUAUGGGUUCUUAACGGAAGAAGAAACCCGCCUGAUCAAAAGGACCUGCCAGGAGUUUCACCUGGCAUUUGCCUUUAGUGAUCACCAGAAGGGACGACUGAAUGCGAAGUUGAUCCCUCAGCUCAGAAUCCACACGGUAGAACAUGAGUGCUGGAAUGACAAGGGGUCAUCCUAUGAAUUUGGGAAAGCAGGAGAAGUAACAGACCUCCUCCGAGCAAAGUUGGACUCCUUCGUUACAGAGCCUACGGCGUCGUCAUACGCAAAUCGGUGGUUCGUCUUUCGGAAGCCUAACAAGACACUAAGGUGGAUUCAGGACCUGCAGAAGUUGAAUGCGGUAACCAUCCGGGAUGCUGACUCGCUACCUCAGGCUGACUUAUUCGCAGAAUCGCACGCCGGUCAGAGCAUUUACUCCCUGAUAGAUCUGUACUCAGGGUACGACCAGCUUCCAUUGGAUGUUCGAGACAUGCCAUACACCGCUAUUCUCACCCCCGUAGGCCAACUACAGAUGCAAGUCACCCCUAUGGGAUUCACCAACGCGGUGGCCGAAGCGCAAUGCAGGAUGCUCGCUGUGGCCGAGGACAUGUUCCCAGAAAAAUGUGAGUCUUACAUCGAUGACAAUCCGAUCAAAGGCGCGCAGGAGAAGGAUGAGACGGAGGUCCAACCAGGGAUCCGACGUUUUGUGUGGGACCACCUGCAGGACAUCAAAGACUUACUCCGUCGGUUCCUAGUAUACAACAUUACGGUCAGUGGACCGAAGAGUAUCCUAGCAGUGUCGGAGGUAACUAUACUAGGAUUUCGUUGCGGUGCUUAUGGCAGGAAGCCGGAUCCGGCAAAGACCGACAAGAUAUCACAGUGGCCUACACCACUGCGCACGACGACGGAGGUAAGGGCAUUCCUAGGCGUAGUCGGCUUUUGGAGGAUCUUCAUUAAGAACUUUGCCAAGAUUGCUGAGCCUAUCCGGGCUAUGAUCAGGGAAGAAGGAACCAUGGAUUGGACGGAGGAGCGAGAAGGAGAUGUCCAAAGGCUCAAGGGCAUAUUGACAUCUGAGACGGUCGCCCUGUUCGCGCCUUGUUUUAAUGACGAAGUGGGACGACCCUUCAUCCUAGAGACGGAUGGAGGACCUUUGGCCGUAGGAGGUGUGUUGAUUCAAAGGGACGAGGGAGAAAAAAAAAGGCCGAUUAGGUUCGAAAGUAGAACCCUGAACUCCGUAGAACGGCGGUACUCGCAAUUCAAGAAGGAAGUCCUAGCCAUCCUGCAUUGUCUUAAGACCUUCCAGGCCUACCUAUUUGGGAGGCGGUUCAUCUUAAGGAUCGAUCCGACGAAUGUCGAAGGGGCUCUAAAGAAUUACAUGCCUAUACAUCUGAUGGUAGGGAGAUGGGUAGGAUUCAUCUGACAGUUCGAUUACAAGAUCAAACGG